AAUUUACAGAAACAGAAAAAAUAAACCUUUCCCGCAAAAGAACAAGCAAUUUUCCGUCGCCUUCAUGUGUACAAGAUGCGUCCCCAGCUGGAGGGAUUUUGAAUUGAGGAUUAAAGGCCGUCCUGCAGGUCCUUUCAUGUUGGCGUGCGUCCUCGCGUCCUGCAACUUCCUCACACCUCGCUUUUGCACUUAGGAGUCCGGGGAGGGCAUGGGCAAGGUGUGUUCAAAUUUUGGGAAGGAUGCUGUGAGUGUUUCUUGAAGAAAGUCGAGGUCUGAAGGCAGAUGAAAAUGGGGACGCCCAGGCACAGCAUCAAUUCAACUCGGUUGUCUAUGGACAUUGCUGACCUGCCACUCACCCCCUUUGGCAUGAGCCCCCACGGGUCCUCCAGGAGAAGACGUAUUUUUGCCAGCCAGAAAUCAAACAAACUCUCCCUAAAGACCGCAAAGUCUCCAGAUAAAAAGCAGCAUCCGCCUACAUGUGCCGAAAAAGAAAACCAAGUCACAGGAGGAUUACACCAAAUUAGAAAUGUCCGGCUCCCUGGAAAUUACAACCGCUAUAAUCAAGUCAGCCUGGAGACGGUGAAGGAGAAAAGUUUAACACAGGAAUCCGACUCUGAAGGGGAUGAUGAUAUUUUGUAUGAUGAACCAGAGAAUACAAUUGAUUUUCAAGUAUUGCACACGAGUACACUCCACAGUCCAAAUCAAAGAAGUAGAGCAUCAAUACAAGAGCCAGUCAGAAAAAGUGACAAUUCUAAUGUAACUGUGAGAAGGAAAAAUAGAAAAGAGGAAUGCAAGGAACCAAGCAUUAGGAGAGACAGCAUUUUCACAGACAUUGAUGAGGGUAGUUUUGUUGAAUACUUCUGUGGCAAAGAAAAUGGUUACGUGGCUCCUAGAGUGGAGAAGAUCCCUCAGCUAUAUUAUACUUGUCAAAGCCAAAAUGAGACACAAUUUUCGACCUCCACAAAAGUUAAUAGUGCACCUGUUGGUUUUCGGAAAUUUAUUGAGAAGGUUAGGACUCACAGACCUCUGAAAAAUAUUGUGGAGGAAGAUAUUGAAACUUGUAGUUCAGAUGAAAAAAAUAAUCGUUUCUUGUGUGAUGAAUCUAUAAUUACUGGAAGUGCUGAUAUUAUGAGAAGUACUAAGAAAAAAAAAAAUAAGGCCCUCAACAGCACAACUGUUGGCUGGCCAGUAAAUCAAGUUCGGGAGAGUCUCAUGCCAGGUCUGUCUGACGUAUCAUCCCUCACUCUCAGGACUGACAGAAUACCAGGUUCUGACUCUAAUAAUUCCACUCCUUAUACAUCUCCCAGAUAUGUGCAAAAUAAAAGGACUGAAACUGUUAAGACCAUAGUUAUAUCAGAAAGCUCAGAAGAAGAGGACAUGCACAUAGAGCACAAAGUGACCAAGCACAGAGGAAAUAAUGUGAAUGCCAUUAAUGCUCAGACAAAUCAGGUUCAAAAGGAACCAGAGAUUGUAUCUUCUCAGGAAGAAUUCCAUUCCUUCAUCAGUGAGGAUGUUAGUAUUGUUAGCAGUGUCUUGCCUGUAAGAAAAUAUCAACAGCCUGUGAAGACUGUAAAAGCCUCACCAAAAGUGUUAAGAUAUGAAUAUAUAGAACCAUCAAGAACUUUAGAAACUACAUCUAAUUCAGAGCACAUAUCAGAGUCAGUUGAGGAUGAGAUUCAGGUACCUGUUCUCCCACAAAGACAGUAUAGAAAGUAUUGUGAUGAAGAAAAUCAGAAAGAUACUGAUGGUUCAAGAGUUGGUUCCCCUGGAAAACCCAAGGCAAUAAUCCCUGACAUUGCUUCUCCCACAGUGGCUGGAUGGAUAAUAUCUAGUCCAUUUAAGGACAGCUCUUUUGGCACAAGCUUCCUCAAGCAAAGAAAUGAUCCUGAUGUAGGCAGGUCUGUCAGUCAGAAAGUUGUAGAAGCUUCCAUGUCUGGUGACUCUGGGUCAUGUGAAAUAUCACAAAGAUUAAAUUUGUUGCAUGAAUUUGGAAGUCCUAGGGCUCUUGUGAGGAGGAAAAUCAGUAGUGUUAGCAGGAAUGAAAGCUCUUCAAGUCCAAUGCAAAAGGAGAAUUGUAAUUCUGAUAGUGAAGAUAGUGACAAUAUUUUUCAGAGAAGAUCAAAAGCUUCUGCAAGAGUCAUUUGCACAGAAUCCGAAGAAUCCUCGGAUGAAAGGGAAAUAGACAGGAGUAUAGAGGAUUCACGCAUGUCUCAUAGUGAAAAUCACGUCUUUAUUAAAUCAAAGAGUCGCAAAGAUAAUGAACUGAGUGCUGGAGAAUCAUUUCACCUGCGGCUUUCUGAAGAACUUAGUAAAACUAAUAGAAUAUCAGAAAAAUCAGUUCACACAGUUGGGAAAGAUGCCACUUCCCCAAAGGUCUUCAGAAGCCCAGUAGUGAAGUCAGACAAUGAAGACUCCAUUAAUAUAUAUCAGAGAAAAAAUAGAAAUGUGAAGAAUAUCAUAAUAUCUGACAGUGAAAGUUCAGAUAGUGAUGGUAUAUAUGAAGGAAAUGAAGAUGCGUAUCCAUCGUUUGUGUCCCUGCCAGACAUAGAGGACAAAGGGACAGAACAAAACUUGAGUGAAGAUAUUUUUCCUCAAAGUCCAGUUAGAUCCAAUGUGUUAGACAAAAGCAAAAAUAUUGAGAGUGUCAGUCCAAAAGCUACGAACACCAGCGCCUUGUUGAACUUAAAAACUGUCCAAGAUGAACUUGACAAACUCUAUAGUUCAGAGUGGAGGAAAAAUGAAAGUGCCUUUUUGGGUAGCAUAAAAAAGAAAACUCAGCAAAAUUACAUUGAUGGGGAGAGAACAAAUGCCAGUUUAACUGAGGAUGAAAGUCCCAUUAAAAGAAAAACAAAAAAGGCACAUGCUAUAAUUGUAACAAGUGAUGAAAGUGAGGAAGAAGAUAGUCUCUUGUAUCAGGUGGAAGAGUCAUCAGGUGAGGAGGAGGAAAGUGACAAGGAGAGCAAUAGUGUAGACAAUGUUUCAUAUGAAUCACCAAAAAAUGGAAGACAGAAAGUGGAAGAUUCUUAUGUACCUAGUAGUCCAGACUUUGGAGAUAGCAAUGGAGAAGAUGAUAGUUUUGAGGAGUACCUCAAAAGUGUUAAAAAGCAAAUUGCCAAAAAUAAGAAAGUGAUACACACUCCUGAAGAUGAAGAUAGGUAUGAGGACAGUUUCAUAAAUGAUGAUGAUGAAUGUGAAGAUGAUGUUAGCUUUUAUUUACCAUCUCUUCUGGAGAGAACAAACAAAAAGGUCAGUGGAGGUUACAGUGUAGAUACAAAGAGCCGUGGAAGUAUUUCUGAAGAGCUUAAAUCAAAGAGGAAAACCUCUCAGGAAUCAAAGGUGGAAGAUAAAGCAGAUGAUCCCAAAGGCUCCAUCAGAUCCAUCAAAAAAAAGGUAACCAUAAAAUCAUCCACAAGUUCUUCUUCAUGGCGAGACUCCCCAACAAUCACCCUCUCAUCAGACUCUGAAUCUGAUGAGGUUUUCUCUCUUGACGAAGUGAAAAGACCUGCUCCAACACUGUAUCCUCUGGUGACCCCAAAGAGCAGAGGCAGAGGAAGGCCAAAGGCGCUGCCCAAGACUGAGGGCCACAAUCGACAGGUUUCUAAGGUGAGAGAGAUUAAUAAUGGUCUCACUUCUACUCCAACUUUGUCAUUCCUCGCAUCGCUAUCCAAGCAUGUUAAUCUCGAACGCUGCCAUCCGGAAAAAGUUAUUGAUGCUGCAGAAAGACUGAGAGAUACCUUAAUACAUGAACUGUGCCAUGCAGCCGCCUGGAUCAUCUCUGGGUACAAAGACGGCCAUGGUCCUCUCUGGAAAGCUUGGGCAGCAAAAGCCACAUCGACCUUUCCCGAACUCCCAGCCAUCAGCCGAUGUCACUCCUAUGAAAUAGCCUGUAAAUACACAUAUCGGUGCACCCGUUGUUCCUACAGCAUUGGCCGUCACUCCAAGAGUCUCGACACGGAUCGCAAAGUGUGUGGUUAUUGUUAUGGUAAAUUUGAACUGGUUGUGAAUAGCCAGGCAGGCAGAGGCAGAGGCAGAUCGCAGGGGUCGGAGGGUGGAGUUGGAGGUGGUACACCCUCACAGGCACCCCCUAAGACCCCAAGAACACCUGGGGCCUUUGCACUGUUUGUUAAGGAAAACUAUGGUUCCAUCAAGAAGUCAAGGGAUAACUUAAAGCAUGCUGAUGUCAUGAAGAUCCUCAGUACGGAGUUUGCUAAAUUGAAGACCAGCAGUAAAUAGAAGCAGAUUAUAGUGGUUAUGGACUUGAUAAAGUUAAUAUUUGACAUUAAGAAUUUUUUCUUUAAAUUUUUAAGAUAUUUAUUGUAGAUUAUGCUAAAGAGAAUAUAUACACAUACAAGAGAAUGAGACACUGAUAUUGCAAGCACCACUGCAUUUUAUUCUGAUCCAUGACCUACUACAUGUCGAAGGUUUUAAAAAUGUGUUUUCACAAAUUUUGUACUACAUUUCAUUUUCCUUUCUGCUUGUUUCUUCAACAUGGAAUUCAAAUUAUCUUUUAUUUUAAAACUUUCAUCGUGUGUAUAGAGAAUACAUUACAUAUUACACACUCAUUACAAUAUGUACCUAUUUAUAAAAAUAUAAGUUGUCUGCUGUAAAAGUAAAUUCAUAAAAUACCAAAUAUUCAUCUAAUCAAGGCAGAUGUGAUGCUGGUUCAGUGGAUACCAGUUGAUGUAGUGCUAUAAAGUGCAAUGCCACUGCCCAUUAAAUGGGUGCCAAUGCCUUAUACACUAUAUAAUUCAUGUGUAAUACUGUGUAAUGCAUGUAUUUUUAGAAAGGUUUGGGUUCAUAGUAUUUACUUGAAAUUUUAUAUUUGUUUAUAACCGUAUUUCACUAUUAUUUCCUUAGUCUGUCAGUGUCUUGUUUGUAAAAUGUCUUUUUUCUAAGCAUUUCAAAAUAAAUUAUGCUCUUCCAGUAUACCGUUAUAAGUUUCUCUUAUGUAUUAGUUAUUUUUUGUAACAAAAUGGUGUCUGGAAGAAAGAUACUAAAAAUAUCACAAUAUUUAAAGCAGCACUAUUUUUAUGCCAAAUACUGGGGUCUGCCUUGAAUAAAGAAAACAUACUUGUUUAGAUGGAAUAUCCUUUUUAUAUAAUGGAUUCUCAGACAAUUUUUUACUUAUAUUUUGUAAAUAAAUUUUAUUUAAU